CUAAGCCAAUUGCAAGAAUACGGAACUGAAAUUCCAAAGUGUAGUUUUUUGGAAGCUGUAAUACAGCAAAACCGUUUACUAUUGGUUCUGUAACUAAAAACUAUGAAUUUUUCGGUCUUGUAUACGAUUGUCUUUUAUGUAAAUCUGGGAAGUUUUUUAAAACUUUUAUUAUAGAGUAGAGACCAGGGGUAGAGGAGAUGACAACUGUGACAGAACGGCUGCUGUGACAGAACGACCGAUUCCACUUAUGGCCACCUCCAUGAACUUAGGCGACUUAUUUUAAAAUGGUAAAGAAUAAACCUAAUGUCAGCGAUUAUCCGAUCAAAAUCGACGUUUGUUGGAACGUAGUUAAUAAUUAGAAAAAUGAAGAAAAAAACCGUUGCGAGAGUAAAAUAUUUAAUGUAUUUUUUGAAAAAAUGAAGAAGUCGACGGAGUUGUUUUUCAUCCAAGUUCAGGGAGGUUUUACGUCCGCAUCACCAACUACUAUUUGUUUGAUGAUGGAUAAUGGACUUUCAUUUGAAAAAGUGGCAGGAGAGAAUUUCAUUCGAGCUCUCACCAAGCCCUUGACCGUAUAGAGGAAAAGAUUGCAAUAGCAAUUUUACUUAGCAUGAAAUUUUUCAUGAGAAAGUUCUCGCCUGCGUGUCGACUCGAGUAAUUUAGUUUACGAACGCUGAUCGAAAAUGUUUCCAAUUUCGAAGGGUCAUCAUUAAACGAAAAACUUGACAAAAACGUUCCGAAACUUUUUGACUCGAAUUACAGUACCGAGCUUCAAUUUCAAGAUUACUUAUUCGUGGGUCACCGUAUAUGCCGAGAUGCGAAACAAUUUUUUUCAAAUAAAAUCGAUGGAUGAUUGUACAAAAUAAAAAUUCCGCUAAUAUGUAUCGUUAUACAUUAUGCGAAUGCUGUCAUUGCACAUUUGUUUUGAAAUGACAAUUGGGAUAACUCACGUCAAUCUCGGUUUUAGUAAACAUGUUGUGAUAUUCCUAAAAACUGACGAAACAAAGAGAAAGAGCGAUCGUUGAAUUCGUGUUGAAAGAAUAGCAUGUCUGCAGAUGGAAAUUCAAAACGAGUUUUCUCGAAAGCUCAUACCGAUGCUUCCGCAUGGAAAGGAGUGAAUAAAGAAAAUAGUGAAAAAACGACGAAACUGAAUGUGAAUAAUGCGACCCCACCGGAAUUAGAACGAAACGAAGCAGCAGCGAGAGGGAGGCCGGUAGCCGACAGUUUGAAAAAGAAUAGCACAAACGGUGCGAACGACUCGAAAGUCAACGAAGACGAAGAUGAUCCUUGCGUAAAAAAACAUAAAGAACGAAGCGCUGAUGGGGACGGUACGAAUGUUGAAGAAUUCCGAGCAACUCCAGGCCCGGAUCCACGUUUCCAGCAGCAGAAUCAGACUUUGCGAUGUUACGUCAUGUACACGGAUUUUUAUCGUUGCGAAAAACUUUUGGGCCGUGAUCACGAAGCUUGUACGUGGUUUCGUGACGUUUUUACGUCGAUAUGUCCGAACGAAUGGAUCCGUCGUUGGGACGAGUUGCGAGAGACAGGUCGUUUCCCUUGGAGAGAUGUCAGAUCGCAGGAAGAGUUACCGGGCGAUUAUUAAUCACAUGAAAAAAUGUUAAAAACGAAAAAUGAUAUUUCGUUGUAUAUUUUUGGCAAUAAAAGCAUUUUCGGCCAUGUGUA